GGGAGGGCGGCCCUCCAAGUGCUGCUGUGCGGUGUGCUGUGACCGUCCCCUGCCGUGUGCUGUGAGGGGGCCAAGGCCGUAAGAGGGGCCGGAGCAGCUGCUCUAACCGCCCUUGGGUUGGACCCGGCGGCUCAGAAAGGGGGACGGGGAACAAGGAACCAGCGAGCCUUGGCCAGCCGGGCUGCACAGGGCAGGAUUUGGGUCUCCGGGACAGGUAGAGGAAAACUCCCCCAUCCCUCCCAGCCGGCAAAGUGCAUUAUGGGAGAGGCAAUCAUCAGGGCUUGGUGCAGCUCAGGUUGGGUCCAGGCAGCAGCUCCUGGCGUUGAUAAUGCUGAACAAGCUGGAGUCAUUAUGCGGAACCAGCUAGUAGAGUCGGGCAUCCAACAGAGCCUGCGACUUUAUCUCAACGGCUACAGGAGAAGCAGACAGCCCAGCGUCUAACCCAUAAACCCCCUGUUUAACCCCCGAUUUCCCUUGGGCCAAUAGGCAGGAGUUCAGAGUUUUUCACUUGCAGAAACUCAGCAUUGCCCAGGAAGCAGCUACAGGCUGGCGCGCCAGCACGUCCACUCGCGUAGGGCAUUCGUCAGAGAGUGCUGGGAUCGGGGGAAGCGUGUCUGACUUGACGGCCUGGCUCCUCCACCCCCAGAAAUGAGAAAUGAGAGGGGAGGCUCCCAGCUGCUCUGUUGAGUGGCCCAAGGAUUCCAGUUAGGUUCAGGUGCCAAUGAAGGGAUGGGUCAUGCCAUCCUGGCUCACACCGGGGGGAACUGCUCGGUGAGUACGUCAGUGAGGCUCCGUGCGACAGCGGGAGGCCAAGGUGCACUUGUGCAGGACGGGCUGUGUGUAUCCAUGCACACCCUGCUGUGCUAGGGCCCAAGCAGCCACACUAGCACUCACGACUGACACACCCAGACAGGCUCUGGUCCUGCCAGGCAGCCAAGGCAGCCCUAUAGCAGGAGGAAAGCUCUGUGAUGCAAAACCUCCCCAGAGGCAAGCCAAGGCCACAAGCCAUCCCAGAGUUCAGUCUUUGCUAAGCUGCUUCUUGAGUGCGGUUCCUCAAGGGCUGCAGAGACAGGAUCCAUGGAAGGCCAGGCUGGCUGGCAUGUCCUGGAGAACCAGAGAGAGCCACAUAGGAGCCACCCGCAGCUCAGGGCACGUUAGCAUGAGAGAGCCCCAAGUGGAAGGACCAUGCAGUCUGGGUGACACCUUUGUCCAAGAGCAGAGGCAAGCAAGCGGCUGCUUUCAGCCCUGCAGAGACGCUUGCUCUCAAGUCAGCCUGGGCUUGUUGUAGAAACCAAAUGCAGAGCAAGGUGGGUAAACAGACUGGGCAGAGAGGCCAGGGGAAGCAUCAAGGUCAAACCGUAUUUAAGACCUUUGCAGACGUGGUGGAUUUUUCACAGCAUCGUUCCUGAUUUUCUCAUUAACAUGGAAGGUGUUCGGGUACAAUGGUGAUGUGAUGGACACUGUUCCAGACCCUAAGAGAGACCCAGUCACAGAGUGGGUCUAUCUGGAGGAGUCCAGCUGGUAGCAUGAGCAGCAAUAUGCCUCCUGGUGAGAUGAAAGAACCCUCCCCACAACCAAAUGAACAUCUGCCUUAGCUGGAGAGACCCCUGGGGGGCUGGGCCCCUCCCUCCACUGCAGUGACAUUCCCACCGAAAUGUGGUGAGGAUUUUCUUUUAGACGCAGUUUGUUAGGGCCGAAGCCCAGUCCCCAAUUAUUUUCCUUCUGGACGUGCAAUAUGUGCCUUGUUCACACAGAGGACUUGGCUUCCCUUCAGAAACGUUUGACCCGUUUAGAUUUGUGUGUGUGCUGUGGAGAGUUCUGCAUGAAUUGAAGCAUUCUGCAUGAGUCUGAGCUCUUUGCAGUGCUCUGGUCAACUCUGAAAUGCAUUUAAACUGCAGUAUUUAGUACACGUGGGGCUAUCGACUAUGAGCUACGCCUGUCGCUUGAGCUGAAAGCACCAUCACGUAUCAGCUAUUAACAGCUGGUUGAGGGUGCCCGCUCCAUCCAAACCAAUGAUCGCCCAAGCUGGGCAUUGUAACAGAGCUGCCAUUUUCUACUUUAAAAUGAGGACCCAGGGGAGGUUUAUAAACGAAACAAAACCCCUCAACUCUCUCAUUUCAUAUGGAGAUGAUACUGCAGGUUUAAAUGUCUUACAUGGUCAUUCAGUGGUGUAAUGAGUGAGCGGUUCCUGGAAGCACCUGCUGCUGUAUCCUUCGAUCAUGAACUAGCAACAACAUAUUCUCAGCAAAGUUCUCUCUCCAGCCGAGCGUGCACGGUGCAAACAGUGAGGCUCUCUCCUCCAGCCUCAUUGCCUCACUCCACUUGCUUUGUAUCGGCUGCCUUUGUCUACACCCUCCUGGCUUCUCCUUGCGCUCAGUAUUUCCAGCCUGCCCGUUGCCAUUACACCACUAAGGACAUGUAAAGUCUAGAGCGUGUGCAGAGAAAGGGCAAUGUGGAACUCUGUCCUGAGGAAGAUGUUUUUUCCCCCCUGCCUUAGCUUGGGACCGGGAGUUACUACAAUCAUGAAGGCUGGAGGUAUUCCCAUGCACACAAUGGCAUUCUGGGACCCUUCGGGCAGCUGAUGACUGAGGAGGACAUAAUCCGCAUUGAGAAGCAAAUCGAGAGCCUCCAAGUGAUGCACAAAGUUCAGAAGGUGGAGACGGAGCUGGAACAGCUAGAGCAUGAAAUGCAGCAGCUCCUGCCCCUCUCUGCCGCCUUGGCAAAGGAGCAUUUCACGGCAAACCCCAAGCGCAUGCAAGGCCGAGCCGAUGACCUCCCGGCCUGGUGCAGCAAGAUCUCCACUCUCCUAAAGAGCAUGGCCAUCCUCCUGGCUAUGCUUGGGGGCAAGGCGGUCAGCCUGGCAGACAUGGUGAGCCCCGACACGUCUGAGCACACGGGCCAGGCUGUGAGCACCUUGCCUGAGGCAGCACCACUAAAAGAGGGCCCUGCUAACAUCGGGAGAUCUCAGUCCUUCAGCUGCACUCGGGAGGAGGUGGAGAAGGAGAUCAUGCAAUAUGGUGUGUCAGUGAGGAACCUGAAGGCCAAUUAUGAGUUGCACAUGCUGUGCCAGCUGCCGGAGGCUGUGUCCAGCAGGGUGUACAAGCGGAAGAGGUCCCUGCCUGUGGGAACCAUGCCGUAUAGCUUCAGCCGAGAGCCCAUCCUGGAGGAGGAUUAUGUAACGAGCAGCGAUCUGUUCAAUGCCCUAAGCGAAGAUGCUGCAGCGGAUGGCAUAGAGCCUCCCAGUACGCUAGAGCACACUCCCUUGCCCUACUGCGAAGCAGGGCCCCGGCCCUCCAGGGACACAGAGGCACAGAGUGUGGGCACAGAGCCUUUCGGGGAGGCCCUGUUCAGCCCUGACCACCUGACCAGAAGCCUCCCCGUGCAGACGGAGCUGAGCUGCGUGCAGGAUUACAUCGACAUGCGGAAGGAGCGGAUCGUCUACCUCUUCCUGGAGCACUGGAAGAAGUGGACGUUCGCCGAGUCGGUUAGCCACACUCGCCCCAAGAGGAAAAUGGGUCUCGCCGAAAGGCUUGACCCAGAGUUCAGCAAGGAGCCCAAGGCAUAUAGCAGCGCCCCAGGCUCCAUGGCGACCGGGAAGAAACCCAGCGAGGAUGACCGGCUCUUGUACUUCAUGAAGCAAAGGCAGGUGGUGGGGAAGCUGAUCGCCCACUGGAGAAGCAUCAUCAGCCAGGUCCCGACACGGCAGAUCCGCCGUCUGAGCCGCACCAACAUGUUGUACUGGCCCGAGCACUUCCUGCCGCACGUCUGUGGCUCCCCAGUGGAGUACGACAGCCUGACGCUGGACCUCUUCAUGCUGGGCUACUUCCAGCUCCUGGAGAUGAGCAUGAGCCGUGAGGAGAGGAAGUUCCGGCACCUUCUGUGCUACGAGAUGUUUGACCGGCUGGGCAGCCACAGCUGGGAGCUCAUCCGCCAGUUCCACAAGGUGGUGAUGGAGGAGAUCGAGGCUGGGAAGCGGGACUGGCUGGAUGGCUUCGAAGAGCUCAAACAGGAGUUCUUUGGGGACAGCCUGGAGCCGGAGCAAGCGGCCGCAGUGGAAACAGAGCUCCCAGCAGGAACCCAGCAGCCUCCACCGCUGUUCCAUCAGGAAUCCUCCCAGAGCUUAGUCAGUGAUGCCCCACAGCCCACGCCAGCGCCCGAUGAACUGGGCCUAGCCCCUGCCCCUCAGAGCAGGGAGAGCUCCAUCCAGCUGGUCUCCGAGCUAGGCGAGUUCAGUAAUGAGGACAUUUGUCGCUAUAUAGACCGUAGCUUCUCCUUCUGGAAAGAGAAGGAGGCAGAGAUGUUUGAUAUCUGAGCUGUCCCCAAGCGGUGCCCAGCAUACGCUGUAUUAGAAGCAGGCGGGGGCAUCCGCACCCUCGCCCCACACGGCUCACAAGUCGCAGGGAAAGGCAAUCGCAUCCUCUUUGAGGCAGGCUGUUGGGCCAUCUCAUAGAGGGAAUUGCUGGAUGAGAAGCAGCUCCAGGGACAGCAGGGGACAAUCAAACGUGCGCCAGCACCAGAAUACUUGACAAGGGCUGCUUUGGCUCAGUUAAUUACUUAAGGGACCCGUUGUAUUUCCAAGAUGAACUGAGCUCCAACAGCUGUCUGAGCCCAAGACAAACCUUUGGGGAGAGACCUGUAAUCAUUUUAUAUGAUGCCUAGGUGAAGAGCUAUAAAACAGAAAAAAGAAGCACAUAUUCCCUGGCUGCACCCAGUACAGGAUUCUACUGUGCAGACUAGGGACUCUGAAUAGAAACAAGUUAAUGUUCAUGUAAGUAGCGUCAGAGGGGCCCCAAUCCUGCAGUCGUUACUCAGGCAGAACUCCCAUGGGCUUCAGCAGCGCCAGUGACCUCAAUGGCAGUUUGGUUUGCAUAAGGACGGCAGGAUUAGUCCCAGAGUCUGCGUUGUUUUGUUGAAUCCUGAAUUCCCUACAUGGACAGUCUC